AUUGAAAUUCUUAAAGGUGUGAGAGAAAAGCCUAUUCCAACAACGAAUCGUAUAUUUGUCAAACUUUAUCAAAAAUGUUGGAAGCAUGAGCCAGACGAAAGACCAGAUAUUGAUCAAGUAAUUUUAGAACUUAAUAGUAUUGAUCCUGAAAGUGAAUAUUAUUCUAAAGAAGAUGGAGAAAGUGAAAAAAUUGAAAAUGAAGACGAUUUUUCAGAUUGUGACGUUAAAUUUUAUGUUUAA